UCGUUCUUGCGACUUCGAAACGCGCGCACACGUAGCUCCGCUACGAUCGGCUAUCUACUAUCACGCGUUUUGGUUCAAAAACUUUGUUCAGUAUAAAAUACGCGUAUUUUGUGUUUACCUCAGUCAAUUCAAUUAACGUUUUGUCUUUGUUUAUUGUGGUCUUGUGUUUACCGUUGUCGAGUGUAAAACUAUUUGUGGGUGACCAAAAAUAAUCAAAUGGCACGUGCUUGAAAUACUGAAAACCCCAUCAUAUCAUAAAUAAAACUAUUCAAACGGCAACGCGACUUGAAAGUCGUAUUGGAACUGGGAUUACCUCGACAUCGGCAUUGUUUAUCAACAAGAAAGAACCACGGAACGAUAUGUCAUCCUUUCAGCGUAGCUACAGCAAAGUCUGGUGGGGAUCAGACAACCAACAGCAACUGCCUAUGAGUGGGGCCAGUUUCACCAGCGGCGGUUUCUAUUCUCAUUACAAUUACAACUACCAUCAACAGCAGCAACAACAGCAGCAGCAGCAACAAGAGCAACAUCAACAGCAGCAACAGCAACGUCCACAGACAACACAUACGACACUGGGCAAUCUGUCGUGCAUUCAAGAGGUGGACGAUGAGCAGAAUACCUCGAAGCUAUCCUGGCACAAGCACGAUAGUCCUGGCAGUUUGCGCAGUCAGGAUUCGGGCUUCUCGGACAACGAAGAGUCGCAACAGAAACAACAUCAACCAACUGCCACUUCGCCCACUGUUACGCCGAUAGCCUCUCCGAAUUCAGUGCGGUCGCUGGCAACACCACCCACAGUUGUGCGUCGAGUGGGCAACUCAUCAUUCUACUCGCCCUUGGUCAGUGUGACGCGGCGCAUUUCAUUUAGCAGCAGUGGACAGAAGGCUGAGCCUCAGGAGCCCGACAUGAGUGAUGUAGCUGACUUGGAGGCUAGCCGCAGUCGCCUGUUUGAGCAAUUAGAUAGCCUGCAGUUGGAUGCUGUGGAACCAUCGACACCCACUCCACCACGUCCAGCCAUACGACGCCGUCGGCGUUCGGCGCGAAAGAAGAAAAUUGCGGAGGCGGAGCCGGAAGUCAGUGAGGACGAUGAGGAGGAUGGCCAAAAAACAGUUCCUGUGUAUAACAACGAAACAGUUUAUUUGGGUGAGGCACCGCCGCCUUAUAACAAUGAGACGGUUACCUUUGGCACAGCCCCAUCCCUGGAAGAUCUCGAUGCGACUCUGACACCAAUUCGAGGACGCUUCACGGCCAGCACCAGCACACCCAAGGCCAGGUCGAAGAGAGCAUCUAAGAAGCCGGCCAUCCAACAGCCUCAACCCGUGCAGACUUGGCUGGCAGAGCAGCGCUGGCAAGUUGACCAGGAGGUUAUGUGCAUGCUGCAGCACAAGUCCAUAGCCCAGGAGGCGUACAAGAACUUCACCAUAACCACCAGUGCCGUCUCAAAGUUAAUCCGCCAGUUGCAGCAACAGGCUCUGUCCCUGCAAGGCGACUUUGAGCGAAGUGAGCGCAUGUUGAGUGGUAAUCAGGCCACGAGCUGCUCCCUGCCCGAAGCCUUGGGAGGGGCCACUCAGUUGCUGACUCACUUGGAUGAGUUCACACGGGUGCUGGAGCGACGGGCCAUAUUCUUCAAUGAUGCCCGAGUGGAGCGACGGCGCUAUGAACAGCACCUCGAACAGAUACGCACCGUUAGCAAGGACACCCGCUACUCCUUGGAGAGACAGCACUACAUCAAUCUCGAGUCCUUGCUGGACGAUGUCCAGCUAUUGAAGCGGCACACUCUGAUUUCCCUGCGUUUGAUUUUUGAGCGCCUGGUGCGCAUUCUAGUCGUGGCCAUCGAGCAGAGCCGCUGUGAUCUUCUGCUGCGCGCCAAUAUCAAUAUGGUGGCCACUCUCAUGAACAUCGACUAUGAGGGAUUCGCCUCCCUCUCGGAUGCCUUUGUCCAGAAUGAAGCUGUGCGCUCGCUCCUGGUCAUAGUCCUCGACCACAAGCUCAGUUCGGUCAGAGCCCUGGCCCUGCGAGCCCUGGCCACCCUGUGCUGUGACAUGCAGGCCAUCAAUCAGCUGGGCAGCUGCGGUGGCAUUGAAAUAGUCCGAGACAUACUUCAAGUGGAGUCCAAGGUGGUGGACGAUGAUCAGGCGCGCAGUGCCAUCGAGCGAAGGGAGGCCGUCUCGCUGCUGGCCCAAAUCACAGCCGCCUGGCAUGGUCCUGAGCAUCGUGUCCCCGGAUUGAGAGACUGCUCCGAGUCCUUGGUAGCCGGACUGGCCGCUCUCCUGCAACCCGAAUGCUGCGCCCAGACGUUGUUGCUCUGUGCGGCGGCUCUCAAUAAUCUGAGUCGCAUGGAAGCCACCUCCCACUACUCCAUCAUGUCCAAUGAGGGCAUAUUCAAAUUGAUCAACACCCUCGAAUACCAAAGCGAAGGCAUCAGUGUGUUCCUCUAUGAGCAAAUCGUUGGGAUGCUGUACAACAUGUCGCUGAACAAGAAGUGCCACAGCCACUUGGCCAAUGGCAUCAUCAUAAAUUUCAUCACGUCCGUUUACCAAACGGAAUUCUACAAGACCUACGCCUCACGUGCCGAAUGCGAUGCCCAGCGUCGGUGUAUCAAGACAAUUUUGCACACACUGACGCGCCUCGCCCAGGACUCGCCCACCGUUGUGGGUGCCGAACUCUUGGAGCAAUGGCGUUUGCCCGAUUUGUUGCGUCAAUCGUUGGCCUUGCCAUGCAGCAUCAGCAACAACAACAACACCAAAGAUAACUCCGGUCAGUUGGCCGGGAAUGUGGGAGGAAACUGUUCGAGUUAUGGUGGAGACAUCUCACAGCUGGCGCGACAAUUGCUUAGCGCCCAUCAGCAGGAGCAAAUGCUGCUGGCUGUCAAGCCGGACGAGGCAACCUUUAGCAGUGGCCACCAGACGCCCGAGGCUCAAGCCGGCUCCAGUUCCAGUUCCACAACCAACUCUAGCUUCAAAACGAAGGCAACUAGCACAAUGCUCAAAUUCAAUUUAACACGUCAGGAGAGUUUUGUCUAGUUUGGUUCUAUUUUUUCUGAAUUCUUUUUGUUGUUUUUUUUUUUUUUUGGGAGGCACCUGAUAAGCACGUCCUUUGGACGGCAACAGGACAACAAACAAGAGCAUCAGGAUAUACUCAGACGUGCGUCGAGUCAAGUGUUAUUACUUGUCGUCCUGGUCCUUGUCCUAGCUGAGAAUGCGUGACCCGUUUUGCUUGUAAAUAUAAACGAAGUAAUUUUUAUAUUUCCAGUCAAGCAAACACAUCUUUCUCUCCCAUGAGUUCUUUCCUGGCAGCUUUUGCCUUAAAGUGCAUUGUUUUCUCUCGUUCUAUCUUUUGAUUGGUUUGUUUUAUUUAUUCAUGCAAAGAACUAAGUAAUUCUCCAUUGUAAAUAUAUGUAUUCAUAGAAACAUAUGCAUGUCCUCCUAGACAGGCAUAUCAUACGGCUGGCAAACAAACAAAAAAAAACCAAAUCAAAGUCAAACACAUACCAAACAAAAGUUCUUUAAAUUUAUAUACAAAUAGCUAUAAAAUUUCAUGUGCCAAAAACAAAAAGAAAAUUCUGCAGAAAUUCAUCAUUAUCGAUCGAUUGUUUCUUAUUACAUGCUCGUAAAUAUUAAAUAUUAGUUUUCCCAUUCACUUUGUACAUAUGUAAGUUUCUAGUAUUUAAAAUAAAUAUGCAAAAUUAAGUGUAAGCGCAUUAAGCGGACAUGUGAAAUAUGAAAAGAAAAUUUACACGAAUGUGAAUUUAUCUAAGAGUAUUUACUCAGUUUUUUCUCUAGUUCUUAAGCAUUACAAGCUUUGAAAUAAAAUUGUAAAUAUAUAAAAUUCA